UUUAGAAUAUUUUUUUUCAAUAGAGCAAUAAUAUCUAUAAAAUGAGAUAUUAAACUGUAACAGUCUGAUUUAAGAGUAGAGGUUUUACUGAUUAGUGGAAAAGUGAGUUGACAGUUUUCUUGAACUUCCUGUUUCGGGGGGGGGGGGGGGGUCGUUACCCCCCGCUGUCCGCUCCUGGAUCCGCCGCUGGUCCUCAGCCUCUUCAGCCGCAGCUCUGCCACAAACAGCGACACGAAGAGCCGCCGUGAGGAGUUCCGCCGUCACCCGCGCCACUCUCCAUGAGCAUCAUAGCGAUGGUGUAAACCCAGAGCUGACGUCAGUCCCUCCCGUUACUCUCCAUCUUUCACGUAUCAGAUGUCAUUUAACUAUUCUGAGAAGGAAAACUCAACUGUCCUGGCAUCCUUACCCACAACUCCCCUCUGUGGCCAAGAGGGCGUGUCUACCUGCCAGGCCAACAGGACUUCGGACUCCGAUGACCUGACCACGGGUGAGGUUGUUGUCCUGAGUUUGGUCUUUGCUGUUCUGUGGCUUGUCUCCAUCCUGGGAAAUGCCCUUGUUUGCCUGGUCAUCCACCGGAGCCGACGGACUCAAUCCACCACAAAUUAUUUUGUGGUGUCUAUGGCCUGUGCAGACCUGCUCAUGAGCCUGGGUUGCGCGCCCUUCAUCCUCCUGCAAGUCGCCUCAGGUCAAUGGGUCAUGAGCACAGCCGCCUGCAAAGCGGUGCGCUACAUGCAGCACCUUUGCCCUGGAGUCCAAGUCUAUGUCCUGCUCUCCAUCUCUGUGGACAGAUUCUACACCAUCGUCUACCCCCUCAGCUUCAAGGUGUCCCGGGAGAAAGCAAAGAAGAUGAUCCUGGCCUCAUGGCUGUUUGAUGCUGCCUUUGUCUCCCCUUGUCUCUUCUUCUACAGCUCAUCAUCUACAGAUGUUGUGGGUCACUGUGACUUUUUCCUGCCAGACACAUGGGACAGUAUAGUCUAUGCCGUAGUUCACCUCCUGCUUGGUUUCUUGGUUCCAGUGGUGCUGAUAGUAUCAUUCUACCAGCGGGUGGUCCGCUACAUUUGGAGAAUCAGUGCUGAUGGACACACAGUGCGCAGGACCAUAAACAUUGUCCCACGGACUAAAGUGAAGACCAUCAAGAUGUUCCUCAUGCUCAAUUCAGUUUUCUUUCUCACCUAUAUGCCCUUCUAUGUCACCCAACUUUGGCAUCCAAGGGAGUCCAGUGGGCCGAGCAGGCAGGGAGUUCUGUUCUUCACAGCCAUCGCCUGGAUCUCCUUCAGCUCCACAGCAUCAAAACCAACAUUGUACUCGGUCUACAAUGCAAAUUUCAGACGGGGCAUGAGGGAGACCUUCUGCAUGUCGUCCAUGAAAUGUUACCGCAGUAACGCUUAUACCAUUACAGCAAGUUCUCGGAUGGCCAAAAAGAACUACGUUGGGGUAGUGGACAUCCCAAUCCAAGCCAAGACCGCGACCAAGGACACAACAUUUGACAGAGAGGCAAAGGAAAAGAAACUAGCUUGGCCCACUAAUGCCAACCCAUCUAAUACCUUUGUGUGAUUGAUACUGGACACAUUUGAAAUAAUAGAUAUGAAAAUUAGUCUUGUAGAAAUAUCAAACAGCACAAUGUCAGUUUUUGAUGUGGCUUUUAAAGGCUCACAGAAAAAGAACGUGUUUGUAUAAAGGGCUUCUUGUGAUGUAAUGCACCUUCUGGCAGCUAUAUUGGAAGUUCUUGGCCACAACAAUUUUGUACUUGUGGUGUAUUUCUGCGAAAGGUUUUGAUGGAAAACCGUUAUUCCACAGAUAACAUCUGAGUUUGUAUUUUAGACACGUCAGUGCGUUAGCAAGCUAAUCAUGUAAGGUAGCCAUCUCACAGUAAUGUGGCAUAAACACGUCUGAUUAGUAACAAAAGUGGUCAGAAAUAUGAGCCGCACAUUUUCACUUAGCUAGCUUAGCUAAGAAAGCCUGGAAACAAAUUCUUGUUCAGGUUAACUAAUCUCAAACACAGUGUUGUCUAAGAAAGAGUGAUUUGCUGGUUAAAUGUCACUA